CCACCGCAAGGGUCCCCGUUCGUGCCCUUUUCCAUUUUAGAGCCAUAUACUUUUGAUAGUCGGCCCACCUCUGUACAACACCUUAGAGGCAUAUUUUUACGAUGCACUAGCUUGACCCUCUUCUGCUCAUGGCCUGCAGCUGGAGACCACACAGGGGUAGGCGAUCGCUUGUAAGCUACACGCAGGCCGCAUGUACUAAUGGUUAGGCGCAUGUUUGCCCAUAUGCAUACCGCCCUGUGGCCGGAAGCAGCUUCAGAAAAACACUGCAAAGUGUAACAUGACCGUACUGUAAAGAGGAAGCCCUGAAAAAAAAGACCCCCAAAGGGAAGCAGCCCCUACAACGGCCCAUAGAAACCAUUUAGGGAAAAACAAAAAAAAAAAAAAAAAAAAUCGGUGUGAAAUGACACCUCGAUCAAUAUGAAUCAUAGCAGUGCGACAAACCAGCCGGGCGAUAAUGAACCGAAUAACGACAACCCGGAUGAGUCCACAUACAACCAGAACGACGUUUCUUCCGCAGUUGACGAGCUACAUGAAAGAAACAGCACCACAAAUGAUAAUGUGCCAAAUGGCAACUUUGGUGAGCACCCCCCCAAUUAUGAUGGAGGCCCGAAUGAUGACACCGAUAAGUUGAACUCCCCCGAUGGGCAUGCCGAGGGGAGCAACGAACCGAAUAUCGAAGCAAACGCGAAUGGUGAAAAUGUUAGUGGCGACGCAGGGGAGGCGAGAAACCAAGGUGACAGCCUGAACAGUGCAGGCAUCCCCGCUGGGGGCCUGAUGAACCAAAUGAACAACGCCAUGUACAACCCCAGCAUGCUCUACAACAUGCAGAACAUGCAGAAUAUGCAGAACAACGCGAUGAUGAUGCCUGGUGGAAAAAACUUUAACGGCAAAUUCCCAAUGAAUAUGAACCCACCCAUGAACAUGUUUCCAAACAGCAAUGACAUGAUGACGAAUCCGCUACGCAUGCCCAUGUUCCCAGGGCAACCAAACCCCAUGAUGUUUAACAACCCUAUGCACUACAUGAACAGCAAAGCGUAUAUGAAGCACCUGAAAUACAAUAAAGUCAUUACAGCCGAUCCUAGUAUACCCCCAAAUGAAACCUUGUACGUAAAAAACCUAAAUGACAGAAUCAAAAUAGACGAAAUGAAAAAAAAUUUAAAAGAUUUAUUUAAGCAGUAUGGGGUAAUCGAAGACCUGGUUGUUAUGAAAUCAUUUUGGAGAAAAGGACAAGCAUGGGUUGUGUAUGACAACGUCGAAAGCUCAACGAAAGCGCUAAAUGCCCUACAAGGAUUUGUUCUAUUUGGAAAAAUCAUGCAGAUAAAUUACUCUCAUAACAAAAGUGAUGUGCACUCAAAGAGAGAUGGUACCUUUGUCGAAAGAUCCAAAGAACCCAAAAAGCCAAAACAAAUCCUCGAGAGAGAACGGAAGCAGAAAGAAAUCUUCGAAAUGAUGCAGAGAAAUUUUAUAGAAAUGCAAAUGAAUAAUUUCCGAAUUAUGCAAAAUAACGAAUUAGAAAAAAGAAAAAAAAUCGACUUAAGUCAAAUAGAUAAACAAGCUCUAAUUGCCAAGGCUCAGGCCAAGGCGUACGAGGAAAAGAACAAAAAAAAAGGUGAAGACUUUACAAACCAUAACAACAAUAUGUACCAGCAACCUUCUCCUUUCUACCCUAUGAACCCAUUUGCCCCCAUGCAAAGUAACAUCGUUGUGGCUUGCAAAAUUUUGUUUGUCGAAAAUGUCGUGGAGAAUGUGAACACACAAGCCUUCAAUGAUUUGUUUAAAAAGUUUUCCGGCUUUAUCGAGGCCAGAAUUAUUCCCCAGAGGAACGUCGCCUUCGUGGACUACUCCGACGAGGCGGCAGCAACGUAUGCGAUGAAAGGUAGGGCCGAGGGGUGCGCUGGGCUGGGCCGCGCGAGGCUCCCCGAGCUAAGUUAA